CGCGCCUCGCGAGAUGGCGCCCUCGGCGAGCCGCAUGGCGGCGCCGAUCCCGCCGCCUUGGCGGAAGACGCACAGCGUCGCCACCGCGUACCUCCUGUGGCUCAUCGGCGGGUGGUGCGGGUUGCACCACUUCUACCUCGAGCGGCACACGCAGGGCGUCCUCUGGUCCACGUCCGGCGCGAUGUUCGGGUUAGGAUGGCUGCGCGACGCGGUCCGAAUCCCCGAGUACGCGCGGCAGGCGAACGCGCAUCCCGAUCACGAGGCGCGCCACGCCGCGAAGGUGGCGUCGUCGCCCAAACCGCCGUAUCAAACGUCCCGGCUUCUCGCGUGGAUCAUCGUCGGCGCGUGGUACUACUUCUCCGUCGGCUUCCUCGCGAGCUUCGCGAUGCCGUCGUCCUACGCGUACGCCCUCGGCGCGAUCGCGAUGGGAUGCGGCGUCUGGGGCGUCUCCUCCGCGGGACGCGUCGCGUGUUCGCUUCGAAACGUCGUCGCCGCCGCCGUCGGCGCGUCCGUCUGCGCGGGCGGGUUCGGGGUCUCGUCCAUCCUCCCGGCGUUGCCGGCGGCGAUGCUCGCGGCGCACCGGAGCCGGCGGUGGCGGACGGGGGACCCGCGGUGGGACGAUAAGCCGAUCACUUUCGGCGGCGCGGUGAGCCUCUUGGUAUUGAUCUGGAUUUUCGCGCUCGUCACGGGCGUCUUCGCCACGAAGUGGGUCGUGGAGGAGGGCAUCUUUCACAAGGACGCCGACGGGUCGUGGGAUCUGAACGGCGACGAGUUCGCGCGACACGCCAAGGCGUUCUUCGAGGACGUCUUCAGCGGCUUCGGCGCGGAGAUCAACUUCGGCGGAGACUCGAGUCUGAGCGUCCGAGAGGCGCGGAGGCUGUUGGGCGUGUCCGCGGGCGCGACGGAGGAAGAGAUCACGAAGGCGUUCCGCAAGAUGUCCAUCAAGUGGCACCCGGAUAAGUACAAGGGCGAUAAAGACGAGGCGAUGGAGAUGCAGACGAAGCUGAACGAGGCGCGCGAGACGCUGAUAGGUUCGCGGAAGGGGAGAGCGGGAGGCAAAGAGAGGGACGUCGAGGCGGAGGUUCGAGCCGAACGCGCGGAGGAGCGGGCGCGGCGGGCGGACGAGCGCGCGCGGCGGGGGUACGACGCGGAGGAGGCGAAGCGGGCGCGGAGAGAGCGUGGACGGGCGGAGAGGGAGGAGAGGGAGGAGAGGGAGGAGAGGGAGGAGAGGGAGCGAGCGGAGGCGAACGAGCGGAGGGCGCGGAAGGAGGAGCUCGCGAAGCUGGAGAAGGAGCGAAGGGCGCGGGCGGAACGCAUCGAGAAGUUGAGAGCGAUGAAGGCGGAACUCGAGGAGGAACUUCGCGCGAAGAGAGCCGCGGAGGCGGACGACGACGACGACGACGACGGACCGGACGAGGAGAAGCCGAAGCCAAAGCCGAAGCAGCCGAAGAAGAAGCCGCUGAAGAAGAAGAAGCGAAGCGACCCGGGCGCCUAUCGCGAGUUAGAGUUGUAGACCCGCGCGAUCGUCGUGAACGAAUAUUGUGGUGUUAAAAAAAUCGAAUCGAAC